GGCGAAGCUGGUCCAGCAUCUCCAGGCAGGGGAGAGGAAAAGGGACGCAGAAAAUGCAAUGAAAUUAUCUAUUUCCCUUUAUUCGCAAUGUGUUUCCAAUUAUUAUAAUGAAGGACAGGGCUUCUCACUCUGAGGGUUUUAUUUCCGCUUGCCGAAGAGUCAUUGCUGUUUCUCAUUGAGAAAUGCCGUUUGUGGUUCGCUAAAUGGUCUUAACGCUGAGAAAAAAUAUAUAAACGAUGAAGAAGCAAUUUAAUCGAAUGCGACAGCUCGCCAACCAAACAGUGGGCAGGGCAGAAAAAACAGAAGUAUUAAGUGAAGACCUAUUACAGGUGGAGAAACGCCUGGAGCUGGUAAAACAAGUGACUCACAGCACCCACAAGAAACUAACAGCAUGCCUACAGAGCCAGCAGGGCGUGGACGUAGACAAGAGAUCAGUGCGCUCUCCCUCGAAAAAGCUCCCCCUGAUGUCCUUGGCGCAGUGCUUAGUGGAGGGAGCUACUGUCCUUGGGGACGAAUCCCUUCUGGGGAAAAUGCUAAAUUUAUGUGGAGAGACAGAAGACAAGCUGGCCCAGGAACUCAUUCUGUUUGAACUGCAGAUAGAAAGAGAUGUGAUAGAACCGCUAUUCUUAUUAGCAGAGGUGGAUAUUCCCAACAUCCAGAAACAGAGAAAGCAUUUAGCUAAACUAGUGCUGGAUAUGGACUCUGCAAGGACACGGUGGCAGCAGUCUUCAAAGUCCUCAGGCAUGGCCAGUAACCUGCAGCCAUUGGGUGCCAAAGCUGAUGCUCUCAGGGAAGAAAUGGAGGAGGCAGCGAACCGGGUGGACAUCUGCAGGGAUCAGCUGUCAGCUGACAUGUACAAUUUUGUGGCCAAAGAAAUAGACUAUGCAAGCUACUUUCAGACAUUGAUAGAAGUACAGGCAGAUUACCACAGGAAGUCACUGGCACUUUUACAAAGCAUCUUGCCUCAGAUUAAAGCACAUCAGGAGGCCUGGGUCGAGAAGCCAUCCUAUGGCAAAGCCCUGGAGGAGCACCUUUCAAUCAGCUGCAGGGAGAUCGCCUUCCCCAUCGAGGCCUGUGUGACCAUGCUGCUGGAGUGUGGCAUGCAGGAGGAGGGGUUGUUCAGAGUGGCUCCCUCUGCCUCCAAGCUGAAGAAGCUGAAAGCCUCUCUAGACUGCGGGGUGCUUGAUGUGCAGGAGUACUCUGCAGAUCCACAUGCCAUUGCAGGAGCUCUGAAAUCCUACCUGCGUGAGCUGCCUGAACCGCUGAUGACCUUUGAACUUUAUGACGAGUGGAUUCAAGCUUCCAACAUUCAGGAUCAAGAUAAAAGACUGCAGGCUCUGCUGAAUGCUUGCGAGCAGCUUCCCAAGGCAAAUGCAAACAAUCUCAGAUACUUAAUCAAGUUUUUGGCCAAGUUAACGGAAUACCAGGAUUCCAAUAAGAUGACGCCAGGGAAUAUUGCAAUAGUGCUGGGGCCCAACCUGCUCUGGACUCACACUGAGGGCAACAUCACAGAGAUGAUGACCACCGUCUCCCUUCAGAUUGUCGGCAUCAUUGAGCCCAUCAUCCAGCAUGCCGAUUGGUUCUUCCCUGGAGAAAUCGAAUUCAACGUAACUGGAAACUACGGCAGCCCUCUUCACACUAACCACAACGCCAACUACAGCUCCGUGCCCUCCCCGGAUCUGGACCACUCGGACCGCAAGCUCCACGACCAGACCCGACGGCCCCUCAGCGUCGCCACGGACAACAUGAUGCUGGAGUUCUACAAGAAGGAUGGCAUCAGGAAAAUCCAAAGCAUGGGAGUCAGGGUGAUGGACACAUCUUGGGUGUCCCGCAGGGGCUCUUCCUUAGUGCGCAAGACGGCGUCCACACCUCUGAGCGUCCAGCCCCCCGCUCCUCCUGCAGAGCUCGGCUCUGUAUCUCAGUGUCUCCUCCCUGAGCAGUCCUACGACCUGUCUGCUUCUCCCUCCCCCACGCCUCCUCCUAGCAGUGGUGGCUCUGACCAGGCCAGCACAGACGAUGCGUCUUCCAAUCGGUCGGAUUCCUGUUACGCCUAUCCUUCCCCAGAGGAUGACAGGCCCCCACCACCUUACCCCACCUCCUACCCCCCUCCCCACCAUUACUACCCCAAAGCACAGCCCUCCGCUCGGCCGGCUGCUCCCACCCCCCUUGACUGUGUAACCCUGGGCUCGUCGCCACACCGGUGGACGGGCUACAGUCCCCCUCUGCCUCCCCCCUCCACUUCUCCUCAGCAGCUUGACAUCAACUCUAACCCAAAGCCCAGCUUCCUCCACCUCCCCAAGCAAAACUCCCUCACUGACGCACCGCAUGCUGGUCCCGAAACUAACGUGUCACCCCUUUACAUUAAAACACCCCUCGUGCUAACCAAGCAAGACCCUCUCUUUGACACCCCCGCUAACCUCCCUAUGUCAGCCUCACCCCAAUGGGUCAGCUAUACCUGUACCAGAGAAAGAGGGACCAAGCUGACUAGCACCCUGAAAAGCAAAGAACUCUCUCCUGUGAUGGGGCAGAAGGGUAGCUGCCCUGGGUUAGGCUCCUUGGCAUCAGCAGGCAUUGGCCAGCAGGGAUCUGGAAUAGGGCAGCAGCUCACCACUGACCAGAGUCCCCACUCCCUCAGAAAAGGGACCUUGUCCAAGAAGCUGGCCCCCACCCCCCCCAAGGUGCCGUUUGGGCAGUCUGGGGCUGUGUCCGACCAGUCGACAGGUCAGCCGUCCCCCGUCAGCCUCUCCCCCACCCCUCCCAGCACCCCCUCCCCAUACGGACUCAGCUACCCGCAGGGGUACACCUCCAUGACCUCCCCUGGUCAGGUGUUGCCGGCAGCCCCCCAGUCCCUGUCGUCUCCCUCCUCCCUCACCGGCACAAUCACCAAGUCGCGGCCCACCCCAAAGCCCCGGCAGAGGCCCAGUCUGCCCCCUCCCCAGCCGCCCACCGCCCCGGGCCUCUCUGGCUCCAGUCCGCAGUCUCUGGAACACACCAUGCUGGACGGCAUGUCUCCAGGGGAGAGCAUAUCCACAGAUCCCCUUGGUCUAGGAAUCCCCAUCAUACACAUAGAAUUUGAUGGGCUGCAUUGUGAGCCUCUGGAUCCAGCGAGCAGGAACUCAGUGGGGGACUUCAUGGCAAAAACAGAGUCGGAGGAGGAGGUGGAGUCGGAAAGCACUGCCCUUUGACACAGGGACCCUGUUACUAUACAUACAAUAUAUACAAACUACUACUGAGAGCACCCGAGCUGCUUCUACUGUCUGCAAAAUCAACGUGGGAAUAUACAUAUAGAUAGAUAGAUAGAUAGAUAGAUAGAUAGAUAGAUAGAUAUA